GUAAUAGAUUCCAGCAGCUGGAGGGUAUUUAGCUGGAGCCACAUCCUUGCUCCUAUUACAAGCAGUCACACCCUCCAGCUCUCAGAGAUACACUGCAUUGAGAGACACUCCCUCACUGCUGGUCUAAUCUACAAGAACUGAAAGUCAUCCAGUGAUCUGCCUGAUCUCAUAGCAGUUAGAGGUAAGAGCAAUGCUCCCUUCUAGGUAGAUCAGAACAUAUUGGAGGCAAGUCUUCUAUAAUGCCCCGUAGGAAGUUACAGAGGGGUUCAAGGAUAAGUACAUGUUGAGGGUUUAUCUAAAUCACGGGAGCAGUGUGAAGGUAGGAGAAAUAACCCCAGGCACCCAGCAAGUUACUGGGACACAUGGGGGCAAAUCUCAUUUAAGGAGCAGAAAUUAAUAUGUCUGUUACUCGCAGGGGAGAUGGGAUCAGGGUAAGGUUAUUGUGUAUUAUAACUACAGCUAAUAGGCUAUUGGGGUCCCCUGUCUCCCUGCACACUGUGUAUUAUAACUGCAGCUAUUGGGGUCCCCUGUCUCCAUGCACACUGUAUUAUAACUGCAGCUAUUGGGGUCCCCUGUCUCCCUGCACACUGUGUAUAACUGCAGCUAAUUUUUCUGCCAUCAUUAUUACUGGAGGGUCCCUUUAAUUUCCUCACAGAUUGCAACAGAACAUGUAAUAGAUAUGGACCCAUUCUCUUUAAUAUUUGUAUUAGUGAUAUUGCAGAAGGUCUUGAUGGUAAGGUAUGUCUUUUUGCUGAUGAUACUAAGAUAUGUAACAGGGUUGAUGUUCCAGGAGGGAUAAGCCAAAUGACAAAUGAUUUAGGUAAACUAGAAAAUGGUCAGAAUUGUGGCAACUGACAUUUAAUGUGGAUAAGUGCAAGAUAAUGCAUCUUGGAUGUAAAAACCCAAGGGCAGAGUACAGAAUAUUUGAUAGAGCCCUAACCUCAACAUAUGAGGAAAGGGAUUUAGGGGUGAUUAUUUCUGAUGACUUAAAGGACCACUCUAGGCACCCAGACCACUUCAGCUUAAUGAAGUGGUCUGGGUGCCAGGUCCAGCUAGGGUUAACCCAUUUUUUCAUAAACAUAGCAGUUUCAGAGAAACUGCUAUGUUUAUGAAUAGGUUAAGCCUUCCCCUAUUUCCUCUAGGUGGCUGUCUCAUUGACAGCCACUAGAGGCGCUUGCGUGCUUCUCACUGUGAUUUUCACAGUGAGAGCACGCAAGCGUCCAUAGGAAAGCAUUGUAAAUGCUUCCCUAAGCGACGGCUGAAUCGCGCGCAGCUCUUGCCGCGCGUGCGCAUUCAGCCGGCGGGGCGGAGAGGAGGAGGAGAGAAGGAGGAGAGCUCUCCGCCCACGCUGGAAAAAGGUAAGUUUAAACCCCUUUCCCCCUUCCAGAGCCGGGCGGGAGGGGGUCCCUGAGGGUGGGGGCACCCUCAGGGCACCAUAGUGCCAGGAAAACGAGUAUGUUUUCCUGGCACUAUAGUGGUCCUUAAGGCAGCCUGACAAUGUAAUAGAGCAGCAGGAAAUGCUAGCAGAAUGCUUGGUUGUAUAGGGAGAGGUAUUAGCAGUAGAAAGAGGAAGUGCUCAUGCCAUUGUACAGAACACUGGUGAGACCUCACUUGGAGUAUUGUACACAGUACUGGAGACCGUAUCUUCAGAAGGAUAUUGAUACCUUAGAGAGGGUUCAGAGAAGGGCUACUAAACUGGUUCAUGGAUUGUGGGAUAAAACUUACCAGGACAGGUUAAAGGAUCUUAACAUGUAUAGCUUGGAGGAAAGACGAGACAGGGGGGAUAUGAUAGAAACAUUUAAAUAUAUAAAGGGAAUCAACACAGUAAAGGAGGAGACUAUGUUUAAAAGAAGAAACUACCACAACAAGAGGACAUAGUCUUAAAUUAGAUGGGCAAAGGUUUAAAAAUAUCAGGAAGUAUUACUUUACUGAGAGGGUAGUGGGUGCAUGGAAUAGCCUUCCAGCUGAAGUGGUAGAGGUUAACACAGUAAAGGAGUUUAAGCAUGCGUGGGAUAGGCAUAAGGCUAUCCUAACUAUAAGAUAAGGCCAGGGACUAAUGAAAGUAUUUAGACAAUUGGGCAGACUAGAUGGGCCGAAUGGUUCUUAUCUGCCGUCACAUUCUAUGUUUCUAUGUAGAUUCCAGCAGCUGGAGGGUAAUUAGCUGGAGCCACAUGCUUGCUCCUAUUACAAGCAGUCACACCCUCCAGCUCUCAGAUAUACACUGCAUUGAGAGACACUCCCUCACUGCUGGUCUAAUCUACAAGAACUGAAAGUCAUCCAGUGAUCUGCCUGGUCUCAUAGCAGUUAGAGGUAAGAGCAAUGCUCCCUUCUAGGUAGAUCAGAACAUAUUGGAGGCAAGUCUUCUAUAAUGCCCCGUAGGAAGUUACAGAGGGGUUCAAGGAUAAGUACAUGUUGAGGGUUUAUCUAAAUCACGGGAGCAGUGUGAAGGUAGGAGAAAUAACCCCAGGCAUCCAGCAACUUACUGGGACACAUGGGGGCAAAUCUCAUUUAAGGAGCAGAAAUUAAGAUUUGUUUGUUACUCGCAGGGGAGAUGGGAUCAGGACAAGGUUAUUGUGUAUUAUAACUGCAGCUAUUGGGGUCCCCUGUCUCCCUGCACACUGUGUAUUAUAACUGCAGCUAUUGGGGUCCCCUGUCUCCCUGCACACUGUGUAUUAUAACUGCAGCUAUUGGGGUCCCCUGUCUCCCUGCACACCGUGUAUUAUAACUGCAGCUAUUGGGGUCCCCUGUCUCCCUGCACACAGUGUAUUAUAACUGCAGCCAGGGCCGCCAUCAGGGGGUGACAACUAUCAGGGGGCCCCACAAUACCACUGGACCGCCAGGGAUGGAAUCUCCCCCCUCCCUGGACCAGGUAAGAAGGGGGGGGGGGCAGGGGAAUAACAGAUUUUACAUUUAAUGUAGGGGUGGGAGGAGAGGCAUUUGCACAACAUGCAUACACACUCUGCCAGGGCUGCCAUCAGAAAUGUUGGGGCCAUUGACAAAGCUCAUGGUCUGGGCCCCCAGAGCCCACCCAUGAGUCCGCCCACAGUGCAGUGUGUUUAGUGGAUGCAGUAAAGUGGCCAAAAUGUAGAUCAGCAUCUGUUGUACAAGUCCCAGAAUGCUUUGCUAGCUGUGGAUCUACAAUUCGCACUCAGCAGUGUAUGUGUGUUUAAAUGUAAGAAUGUUUUUGUAAGGAGUGUGUGUGUGUGUAUUUUGGUGUUUGAAUGCAGGCGUGCAUUUGUGUGUGUAUACACACAUUGACAUACAUGCAAAUACAGUUACACACACACACACUCUAAAGGUGCACACUGACAGAAACACACACACAUACAUGCACAUACAUAUGAGAUACAGACACUGACAUACAUGUAAAUAUACAGACACACACAUAGAUACACACAUACAUCUCAGAUGCAUACACUGACACUCUGAUACAGACACACAGAUACACAUUGACACAGAUACAUAUAUCUAUCGUUUAAAAAGUAGAGAAACAAUAAAGUCUAUGGGAUUUACACCAAAUAAAAUUAACUUUAGUUGAGAAUCUCUUAACAGUGUGAGCGCUCCAGCAAUAAAAAAAAAAAAAGAGAGAAAAUUAAAAUGGGUCAUGCACAUAAUAUAUCAGAUGGGGUGUGCAAGAUAAAAAGGUACGGGACUCUGAUAAUUGUUGCAUUCUGUAUGUAAAGAUCAAAAAGCAUUCAGCGCCAAAUAGAAAAGAUUCACAUUGCAACAAAAUUACCAAAACAAACAGUAACAAUCUGAUCAAAACAGUUAAAGGAAAACUCCAGUGCCAGGAAAACAACCAAUGCUUUCCUAUAGGGAAUUGAGCGACGCUGGAGGUCCUCACACAGCGUGAGGACAUCCAGCGACGCUCUAGCAAAGAAAAUCUUUGCUAUGAAUCAGGAAGAGUAGACAGCCACUAGAGGUGUAGUUAACCCUGCAAUGUAAUUAUUGCAGUUUAAAAAAAAAAAAACUGCAAUAAUUACAGUUGCAGGGUUAUGAAUAGUGGGAGUUGGCACCCACACCACUCCAAUGGGCAGAAGUGGUCUGGGUGCCUGGAGUGUCCCUUUAAAUAGAGCCCAACUAAAACAAAAAAUGGGGCAUAUCAACUAAGUAGUGAAAAGGAUUGUGGGGGGGGGAGUGUACAUAAAGUUCAAAUACACAGUCACUAGAAACCAUUAACAUAAAAGCUGCAGCACUGCUAUAAAAUAAUGAAAUAUAAUAAAACAAGACUACAGGUCUGGGUAAAAAAAAUUAAAAAAAAAAACAUACACUCAAGUGCACACUGACACCCAGAUACAAACACAAAGAUACACACACUGAUAGAUACAGAUACUGAUACAGACACCGAUAGAUACAUACACACACACACACUCAGGUGCACACUGACACCCAGAUACAAACAAACACAAAGAUAUACACACAUACACUCAGGUGCACAUUGACACACACAUUGAAAGAUACACAUAGAUACAUACAUACAUACAUACACACACACACUUUUUAAAACCACCUGUUUCUUACCUUUUGGCUGCAGGAAGGUGGACUCUGCUGGCUGGUGCUGAUGUGAGUCUGUGUCUCUCUCUCUAACUCACUCCCCAGUGCUUCCUCCCGCAUGGGUGUUAGCUGGGAGGAAGUGACACUUCCUCCCAGCACUGCCAGGAUCCUUAAAGGGGCCCAGUCUAGCUAUUAGAAAUCCACAGCACUGAUCGGGCCCCUUUAGAGAUAUAGUAAAGUGGGAAAGAGAGCGCAAAAAAGAUAUAUAGUUAACUUGUAUGUAAUGGUACAAAGUACCUCCAAAUUGCAGCUGCUAAACAGAAAAAGAAUUUUCCCAAAUUCAAUGAAUAGAAUUUUUUUUGAUUAUGUUGUCAGCACUUAGUAGAUAAUCCCCUUGAAUUUAGUUCGGGGUAUACACCUUUACAAAUGUAUCUGCAACAAUUAGAAACAACUAUGUGAUACAAAAUCUAGCAUAAAAAGUGUCAAUGUUGCUGAUUAUAAAACCAAACAAAGAAAAAAAAAAAAUAUAUAUAAUAUCACAAUCCGGAACAUAUAAUCUUAUAGCAGGGUCCAAACUGUGGGGAAGUCCAUAAAGUUGUUGAAAACACAGACUGGUGCUGGAGAUCCCUUAAAAAAGACAGAAAAUAAACAUAGUAUAAUACUGUAUUUAAUGUCUUAACAUAAAAAGGGAAUCCCCCUCCCCAACAUAGAAACCCUUACAAGAAAGAUGUGGUGCUUAUUUCUAAGGACCACAAAAAAAGCUUAUCUGGCUGCAGUCUCUUCUAUGUCCCAAGUAUGCCGUCCGGUUUGCAGAUGGAGACAGCGUUUGUCUCGUGCACUUGAAAAAGCCCACACAAGAGGGGUGAAACGCGUUGAGGAGUUUGUUUUUACCUUUUUUCAUCUGGUGAGAUUGCCAAUACGUCUAGUCUCCUGUGCCAGCCGAGGUUACAUCUGCGGAAGGGAGGACUUCACAGAGCAUCCAGCCUGCCUCAGUGCACGAGACAAACGCUGUUUCCAUCUGCAAACCGGACGGCAUACUUGGGACAUAGAAGAGACUGCAACCAGAUAAGCUUUUUUUUUUGUGGUCCUUAGAAAUAAGCACCACAUCUAUUUCUUGUAAGGGUUUCUAUGUUGGGGAGGGGGAUUCCCUUUUUAUGUUAAGACAUUAAAUACAGUAUUAUACUAUGUUUAAUUUCUGUCUUUUUUAAGGGAUCUCCAGCACCAGUCUGUGUUUUCAACAACUUUAUGGACUUCCCCACAGUUUGGACCCUGCUAUAAGAUAUGUACCGGAUUGUGAUAUUAUAUAUAUAUAUUUUUUUUCUUUGGUUUUAUAAUCAGCAACAUUGACACUUUUUAUGCUAGAUUUUGUAUCGCAUAGUUGUUUCUAAUUGUUGCAGAUACAUUUGUAAAGGUGUAUACCCUGAACUAAAUUCAAGGGGAUUAUCUACUAAGCCAUUUAGAGAUAUGCCCAUCCAGUGGCCCUAAGUGCAUGGGCCCCCUCAGGUAGUUCUGCCACUGCCAAAACGUCUGUCUGUCUCCAUGACAACAGUCAUGGUUGUCACCCUCUGAUGGCGGCUCUGCAUUCACUAUACAGACACUACGUCCACUAUACACACUGCAUCUGCUACACAUACAUACACACACGCGCGUUCACUGCACAAACUGUAUCUAAUACACACUAACACCAUUACACACAUUCUAAUUCACUUCCACUAUACACACCACAUUCAGUCCUGCAUCAUUGUCAGCGGACUCGUGGGCGGGCCCGGGAGGUGGAGAGGGGCCAGACCUUGUGCUUUGUCAGGGGCCCCGUAACUUCGGAUGGCAGCCCGGACUGCAGCUAUAAGGUUAUGGUGUAAGGAGGUCCCCUCUCUCCUGUGCAGCACUGGCCCAGGAAGCACCUCCGGUGGCCAUCUGAGGAGUGGAAAGUGGAGGUGUCCCUGGAGGAAAUGUAAACACUGCAUUUUCUCUGAAAAGGCAAUGUUUGCAUGAAAAUUCCUGAAGGUAAUGAUUAUACUCACCAGAAGAAAUGCAUUAAGCUGUAGUUGUUCUGGUGACUACAGUGUAAUUUAAAUGGAGCAAUUUAUAGAAGUUAACUGUCACUUUCUCUUAUUUCUCAUAGGUUUUCUGAAACAUGAGUCCUUGCUGUGGCCUCAUCAUCUCGUGCUCCAGGAAGCCAGGUAAUUUUUAAAAGAAAAAUCUUGAUCUAGUAAAACAAUAUGGAGCACACAAAAAACAGGGCGCAAGAGUAUACAGAGAACGGGCAGACACUCUUGUGCCUUUUUUUUUUUUUUUUCUCUCCAUAAGUUUAAAGGGUAAUCCAGACGUGGACCGCUUGCCUAGAGAGAUAUCAGCUAUGCCUAACAAGGUUGAAACGAUCGUCUGGGGUUGCUGUGUUCAUUGUGCAGAGGGAACUUGCUGGCAUUUCGGAUCUGGACUGCCCAUAUGGGUGGGACCAGUCUGAUAUGCUUCGGAUAUGAUCUCUCUGUAAUGGCACAAGAUGAGCUAUAACCUGCUUGAGAUCUGAGCGGGGACCCACUGAAGGGCAGGCUAUUUCAGCUGCUGUCCGUUCUUAGCACACUCUUGCAAAUGUGUGUGGUUUUUUUUUUUUUUUUAUAUAUAUCUCCAUUAGUUAAACAAUAUGUUUUAGUCAGAUGAGUGGGGGUAGGUAAUUGAGGUUACCCUUUAAUAUCACGAGUGGCCAGAACAUGCCCUGUUCCCUGCCCCCAAUAUGUCUCCCAAAGAGUCAGUCCCAUGAUUGGAUAGUUUGGCUGACUGCAGAUGGGUGGGAAUUUAAUUUGACUUGAUGAGGGAUUGGGUAAUAAAGAUCCUUAACACUCUUAUUUGUGAUCAUUGCAAUGGAAUUUAUGGUCUGGCGAUAUUCAGAACCCUGUGUGUACAGUGAUUUUGGCUGAUAAGGCACCACAGUGGGGCACCUGACUAGCGCACUCACACUAAAGGAGGGAGGGGUUACUCACCUCACUGCCAGAGCACUCUCUUCCUCCAUGCAGCUUGUGGAUCAGCGGCCAGGUCCAGCAUAGGAAGGGCCAUCGGCUUCUGCAAGACUGCGCUAAAGAAUAACACCGUUCACAAUAACGUGUGCGUUCUGCAUCAUGUUUUCGCCGUACACGCACUUUCUGGGGUCAUGGGACCCAAAUUGGCCAAUAGCAAGGUUUACUGGGUUAUUGAAACCCUGUUGUGGUUUCCAUCCUGUUGGUUAUCCGGGAGCGCGUUCCUGAUUUUGUUUUGUUUUUUUUGUUUUUUUUUUUAGCUUGGCUUGACUUCCCGUAUUUCUGGUAUCCCUGACCCUUUGGCUUUAUUCUUACAGUAUUUGUUUUCCUUUCUGUAUUCCUGACCUUGGCUAUUUACUGUUUAUUCUAUUAUGUUAAUUCCGUCAAUUCUAAGGCCCGGUAAUACGUUGUUACUGUUUGUAUUUGUUACGGGUUUUACUUAAUUCUGCGUGUUGGGCGACUGGUCUGUCCUGACACAUGUAUGGUUGCUCUCUUGAACGAAUAAAAAAGAUCUUGCAACAGACUGUAGACAUUAGUGAUUUCUAAUUGUGCCUCUUAAUGGGAAAACAUUUUAAAUUUGUCUGACUUAUUAGUCUAACAAAAUCCAUAUUAAAGGUAUACUUGAGGCACCAUAACCACUGUACAACUCUUCACAUCUAACUUGGAAUCUGCCAGACAUUGGUCAUAUCCUCUGAGAGCGUAGUGACCAACAGGCGCAGCUCCAUGCAGAGUCUUAGUGGAUGAAGUGACAAUUUUUUUUAUUUUUUUUUUUGGGGUGUUCAUUGGACUACAGUCCCUGUUCUUGUGAAUGGAAGAUGCUUUUGUACUUCAGAUAGGGAUAUUAAAGGGACACUGUAGGCACCCAGACCACAAGUCCUCCUCUAGUGGCUGUCUACCAGACAGCCACUAGAGGGACUUCCGGCUUCUUAGAUCACUUUUGGCUGUCUUAACGACGCUGGACGUCCUCACGCUAAUGCUUUCCUAUGGGGAGGUCUAAUGCGCACGUGGCCAUUGCCAGUGGAGGAGGAACGUAGGCGGAACCUGACCCAGCGCCAAGGGACAUCGGCGCUGGAUUCCGGUGUCUGAAGGGGUUUUAACCAUCUAGUCAGCCAUCAGCACUCCAGAAGUUGUGGAUUACAUCUCCUAUAAUCCUUUUAAUAUACUGGCAAAACAUCUGAAGUGCCAAAGGUUGCCAACCUCUGAUCUGUGGAUUUAAAAUGGCAAGUUGUGAUAUGAGGUAGCAAGGAAAAUUUGGAGGUGACUACACUAUAGGCCCCAAAACAAUGAUGGCUUAAUGAAGCGGUUUUGGUGUUUAGAUCAUGCCCCUGCAGUCUCACUGCUUAAAUCUCUGCCAUUUAGGAGUUAAAAUUUUUUUUAAUUUUUUUUUAUUAUACAACCCUAGGCACACCUCCCUGCAUGUGACUCACACAGCCUUCCUAAACACUUCCUGUAAAGAGAUCUAAUGUUUAAACUUUUAUUUAUUUUUUAUUGCAAAAUCUGUUUAAUUUAGAAUUUCUUAUCUCCGGCACUGUUAAUAUCCUUCUAGACUUUGCAGGAGCCUCCUGUUUGUAAUUAAAUGGUUUUUUAAUCUCCUGCUUUCUAAAUUUAACUUUAGGUAAGUUGCAUCUGAUUUGAAAAUGAAACCAUUGUGUUCUCAUGCAGGCUGUCAGUCACAGCCAGGGUAGGUGUGGCUAGGACUGUAGAACAGAAACAAGGUGAUUUAACUCCUAAAUGGCAGGAACAUUAUCUUAAUGAUGCAGUUUUGGUGACUGUAGUGUCCCUUUAACGAUCGUAAGACAAUUUAAACCUGAUGCAGCCAUUUUGUAUGCUGAGAAGCCAUUUAUAAAACUACAUACUACUUUAGGAACGUGAAUAAACACAUACGUUUUCAUGGUAAAAUAUAUUUAAUAUAUUAACUCUGCUGAAUCGCAUCUAGCCAAGGGACAUACUCGCCUAUAAACUUGUUUUUCUACUUUUUUAUUUUGUACCCAUCUGCCACAAAAUUCUGCUACGCCUCAUAAUAUGAAGGAUGAACUAUAAGCAUAAACUGCAGAUUGUGAUAUUUCAGAUACCAUUAACAUAGAUAUGCAGAGAAGGGUGCGGGGAGACGGCGCCUGUGGAAUUAUUCUUAGAUCCAAAGUGGUAUAUAGAAUAAACAGAGAAAACGUAAUAUAGUGUAGUAUAUUAGAAAUCCUGGUAGACUAUGAAAGAACAAAAUGCACUUCCAAUAUUCUGGAGCUUAUGUUCAGCUCCAGAUUUAUAUGCGUGGACGGAACAAUCCCCAUCUGUGGAUAUGAUAGUAGAUCCUUGUGCUUGUUAGUAAGUGUUGGUCCCAGGCUUUUAGUUGUUGUACUGCAGAUGGGCAGUCAGAUGUCCUCAGCAUAUAAUAGAAGAAAUAAACAGAUUAUAGUGCUCACUGUGUAUGUUGAACAGGAUGAAAAGAUGCAAUAUACUCAGAGCAAAUACAGGUAUUGCUCAAUCCCAAAGGCUUGGGUGGUAUAAUCCAACCAAGGAUGUCGCUGUGAGUGUCUUCAGGAUAAAAAAAAACUUCAAAGAUAGGUCUGAAAUCUCCAAGGUGGUAUAAAACUGACUUUUAUUUGGACACAAUAAAAGGUAUAAAGGAAGUUAUUAAAAACAACGCGUUUCACCUAGAACAGGCUUUUUCAAAGUGAUUACAGUAUGAGACCUAUUCUGUUUUUAAACAGGGCUGCCAUCAGAUAUUUUGGGGCCCCUGACAGUUCAAAGUCUGGGCCCCCCAGACCCGCCCCGUGUCUGCCCACAGUGCCCAUUCUGAGUCCGCCCACAAGGAUGCUCUGUCUGUGUGGUGUGUAAAAUGGAUACAGACUGCACAUUUGUAUAAUGGAUGGAGGUUUGUGUUGUGAUUUUAGUGUUUGUGUUGUGAUUUUAGUGUUUUAAAUGUGUAAAAUAGGGGCUGCAUGUGGGGGGGAACCUUUUUGGUGUUAUUUAAAUUUAACACAUUUUAUUCCCCCGGCUUCUAGGGUGGUCUGGUAGAGGGAGCCAGCCGCUGUACAAUGUACAUGGGGGCCACCCAGCACCAUCUUAACUUUCCAGCAGCUCCUGUGUCUGUAACACUCUUGAGCUGUGCCUGCAUGCCGCGUGGAGCGUUGCCAUGGUAACCCGUGACAAUGCUCUGCUGGCCGCAGAGCUCGCGAGAGUUACAGACACAGGAGCUGCUGGAAAGUUAAGACGGUGUUGGCUGGCCCCCGUCUACACUGUACAGGUAGCCAGGGCCCGCAGGUGCACAUAUAGAUAGCAAUACUCGCUGUCUAAUGCGCACUUAUGAAAUGUGGGGCCUGGGACUCCCAGAGCAGUCCGGGCCCAUGACAGCUUUAAAACAGGUGGUAUGAUUGGUCAUGGGGCCAGGAGUUAAUUAGCUAAAACUUUAUGUAAAACGUGAUGUAAAUAUAAGUGAUUCAGAGAAAUAUAGAUAUUUAUUGAAAUAAAAUAUAGAUCACUUUAGACAAUGUGUCUAAAGUGAUCUGAAGGGACCUUGGUAAUAAGUAAUAAGACUAAGAGUAAUAAAAGGCAAAUAGUAAAAAGUAAAUGUCCCUCAAAAUACAGACUAAAAUCAGAUCUAUAAAACUGUGAUAAGAGCAAUAGCUGAAAUAUGCCAUGAUGUUACAAAAAGAUAAAAACAAAAAUAUAUAUAUAUAUAUAUAUAUAGAGAGAGAAUUACAAGAAAUUAAAAAGGUCAAAAUUGGCAUUUAACCCUCUAGGAGACAGUGUCUAAUUUGAAAACCCAGUUAACUUCUAUUCUGCCUAGUAAUUGGGGGAGGUUACCAGCUUGCCAGGAGGGGAAAAACACUUUCUAUCGCACAGAAUUUAAGGUGCUUGGGGUCUUUAUCGUGAAUUAGGAAAUGCUUAGACAGAGUGGUUUAAAAAGUUCUGCAAUGCGUGUUUUAAGAUUCCUAGUUGUCAUUCCUACAUACUGUAGUUCACACGGACAUUCUUAGUAACAAAUAAUAAAAUCCUUUGGUGAAUAUUGUAAGUGCAUUUUGUUCUUUCAUAUUCUACCAGGAUUUAUAUACUACCCUAUGUUACGUUUUCUGUUAAUUCUAUAUACCACUUUGGAUCUGAGAAUAAUUCUACAGGCGCAGUCUCCCCGCACCCUUCUCUGCAUCUCAACCACAUGAUCAGAAAGAAGAGACUCUGGUUAGAGAAGACCAAGCUGCCACACAUACGGAAUAAAAGCACCAUUUCCAUCCCCUUACUAAUCCUGAUUAACACGGAUACAUCUAAAGAUAGAGCAUAAUGUUUGGUGAUCAGCAAUUAAGGAGUUAAGAAUAACGUACGGUACACGUCACCAAUGAAUUGUUACAGAUGUAUUGAAACUAUCGAUUUAUAAUACGAAAGGUGGGAUGGAAAUCUGGGUAUUAAUAUAAUAAGGUGCAGGAAGUGAGGAGGUAAUACAGUUGAGAAUUGCUACUGGUGGUUAAGUUUAGUAAAUACACCUGCAGUGUGACACAUGGGGGUUAAAGAAGGAUUUUCAGUUUGGGUUGUGGGUUUUUUGUGUUUGAGAGCUGCCACAUACUUAAUGAAGUAGUUUUGGUGUAUUAACUCUGUCCCUGAAGUCAGAACAAUGGGCAUGUUUAUUAGCCGCUAGCGCAACUUCUUCUUCAUGAAGCCUUUAAUUGAAAGACUUCACCUUCCGUGUUACCGUGCAUGACGUGACGUUCUCGUACAUUCAUUAUAGUGAGAAUUCAAAGUGCUGAAAAUAAAUGCCAGAUUGAAUGCCACGGUAGCCUAACUGGAAGCAUAAUGGACUGAAAAGGUCUCUGAUUAGUUCCUUCAGGCUUUUUGCAGUAAACAUGGUCUUUUCAGAGAAAAUGCAGUAUUCACGUUACAGCCUAAGGAUACCUCCACUGGCCAAUCCUCAGAAGGCUACUCUAGGUGCUUCCUGGGGCAGUGCAGCCUUGUGUGCAUCUCAACAUUCAGUGUCUCCACCCUCUGCAUGCAGACACUGAACUUUCCUCAUAGAGAUACAUUGAUUCAAUUCAUCUCUAUGAGGAGAUGCUGACUGGCCAGGGCUGUGUUUGAAUCAUGCUGGCUCUGCCCCUGAUCUGCCUUCAUGACAAGCUCAGCCAAGAUCAGGGGCAGAUUCUGUAUCAGCAAACUGGAAUAAGACUUUACUAUAAAAAGGGGGCAGUUGGGCAAGAUGGUGGUGUUAACACAAUAGUGUCAGGAAUACAUGUUUGUGUUCCUGACUAAUAAUAAGAAGAAUAAGAAUAAUUUUUCUCCUUUGGCAGGGGUUCAGCAAACUUGGUAACACUCCAGCAUUAUACAUAUUUAUAAAACGUGUCUUCCUUUUAACCCUUGCACUGCUGAGGAUUUUUCAUUUUAUCGCCAGGUGACUUCUAGCACAUCCAACAGGCAUUUAGUCUGGAUUUUGAUAGAGCCACAAAUAGAAAGCAGGUGAAUCUGUUGGUUGGUUGUGUAAGCAUGCAGAAGCCAAACGCAGAGAGAUGGACACAGGUAUUCAGGAAGUAAGAGGCCUUUAUUCACAUUACCGAUCGGGUCUCAGAUGAACUCCUGUUCCAAAAAGAUCUGAGGGACAAAUACCUGGUGCAUGUGACUUUUUUUUGUUAACUGCAUAUCCCCUCCCAUACAGUAUAACCCCUCCUAUAUUCCUCAGACCAAUCAGCACACAGGAUAUUCAGGAUCACCUUAUAUGGCAGACCACAUGGCUUGUUGAAGACAAAGGAAUGUACUAUCCACUUCCGCACAUGCUCAGUACACUGAUGACUCAUCCAACUGUUUGUAAUCAGAUACUAAUUAGCAUGCGCAACGUGGAGAUUUUGGCCUACUAAAUUUUGACCAUGCUGGAAUCCCAUCACAGUUGUUUAUUUUAAGGUCUGGUAAUUUUCUUUGAUUUUAUUUAAUUUGUAUAGAUAUGCAAGCAAACAUUUAGGUAUAAUCUCACCACUCCAGUAAUGCAUCAGAUACAUACAAAUAAUGUUAAUGUUUCUCCGUGAGUUACAGUAAGGGGAGGUAAGUGUUGUUUUUUUUUAGAUAAGCUUACAGACAUUCGGCUUGGUUGCAUCAUCUGGCUUAAGCACAAAGCUUCAUCAUUGGUUACAUAUGUAUUUUGGUAAGGUGGGUUUAGAAAGUACCUGUUGCUUGUGAGGAGGGACUUCCAGGCUCCUAGGAUUAGAGAGGAGCUGCUGAGACGUUUUUAUCACCAGUAGGGAACACCCGAGUAGUGGGUUAGAGAGGGAGGCUUUAAAGGGGAUGGGUACAAGGGCAUGGUGAGAUGGGAGCUUGUGGUCAGGGGGUAUAACUUUAGACCUGUCUCAAAACCCCCACUUUGUGAAGGACCAGGGAUUGUUCCAUUUCUCCGCUCCCACGACCAUAGAGAGGAAUUGUUAAUACGUAAAUGUUUGAGUAUAUCAAGCCUGACCAUGGCACAGGAAGUUAACCAUGGUGUCCAGCUCUCUGUAGUGGUGGUAGGAGAUGGUUCUUAUCUGCCGUCACAUUCUAUGUUUGUUUCUAUGUUAGGGAUGCAUGUAUUUCUUCAACAAGUAUAAUUGUUUCCACUUUCUGAUGGAGGGUGCUGGACUUUUUUCUAAAAGUGAAUGGGGAUCAGCAUGUUUGCCAAAGUACUAAGAUGGUUGAUUAGAGUUAGGGAGGCUUUGGGAUGGUAAUGGGGUAAAGCAAGAAUAAAGCAACCUUUGGAUCCACCGGUAGCGUGAUUCCCAUGAUUAAAUGUAUUAGUGCUAGUAUUUUUUCCAGAACACUCGAAUUGUAUCACAUGACUACAAAAUGUGUCCAGGAGUACCCCUUGUCUGGUGGCAUCUUGAGCGUGUAUAUGGGGAGGUCGGAAACAGUCGUAUGUGUGUUUGUAGUGCUAUCUGGAGAUUCUUAGUUAUGUUCGUGGGUGGAGUUACUGAUAGAAGAAUGGAAUAUAUUGGAGAAUAACCUUGUGAUUUCCGUGUCUGUGAAAUUUAUCUGGAGGUCCUCUGUCCAAAGUGACAAAUUUGGGUCGUUCAGGAAAUGUUAGAUUGUAUACGUUUAUAAAACAUGGAGAGGUGUUUAGACUUGAUAGACUGGUGUAGUUCAAACAGUGAGAUGUUUCUGUUGCCCUGUAAUAGUGUGGGUGUGUUAUGCAGGAAGUAGGAUACUUGAUAACUGUAUAGUUGGAGGUGAGGGAUCAGUGGACGCGAUCACCUCCGCGAUGGGCUUGUCUCCUCUGGCAGUGAGAAGCGUGUUAAGACUUGGAUAGUCAGACUUCCCUUCGAGUAAGGAGUCAAAAGAGGAGAACCUUAGUCCAGGUUGGAAAAGUGGGUAGAGGGGAGAUGGAUGCUUGGAUAUGUUGGGCCUUGUUGCUGCUGUAGUCGAUCUCCUUGUUUGUUUCUUCAGUGUUUCGAUGGGGUUUGCCAUCUUUGAAAUUGUGGCAUGUGUGGGACAGGAGAGCUUGUGACAUGCCAUACCAAUAUGCUAUUUUAAUUUCUGGUAAGUCAAGUCCUUGGUUAAAUCUUUACAAUUGUAAUUUUUUUUAUUUAUUUAUUUAAUUUUUUUUUGGGACGGAGAAUGCCCGUGCUCUGGUAGAUCUGUAUGGGGGCACUGUGAAAGAGCAGUGGUUGUGUAGUUGUCUUAAUGCCCUCAUUAUUUCCCAUUUAAAGCUGUAGUAGUGCAGCAUGCAAAUUAUCUCUAGGCCCAUCGCUUGGUGUACCUCAGGAUCAUAGAAUUCUAUGCACCCUGUCUAGUAUCACUGGAGUGUCAGGCAGUUUCCCCUACAGUAAGUUGAAUAACUCCAAGGCUUUAGAGAGGUCUUCUCUAUCUUGUUCAUGUAGGUCUUUUUAAUACGCAGGCUAUCUCUCCUCCCACACUUGUCUGUGUCGUUUAGGGCCUGAUCAAGAGCUGAUAGGCAGGAGGUGUGUGAGUUGACAGUUGCUGGAUCUGUGUGUACAGUAUGUCACUGUCAUCUUCUAGAGUGGUGGAUAUCAGAGCUGAUGGCUUCCAACUUUGCUCAGCUUAUCCCUGAGCUUGGUGUUAAGCUCAGGAGGAUGUAAGUGUAUUGUUUAACUUUGAUAUACACGGUUAUUAGUAUAUACAGUGUUACACUAUUAGAGUUCUUUUCACUUUUUAUAGGUCUAUUCCGCAUGUUAUUUUGACCUUUUUUCAUUGGGACGAAUAUUCUCUGAUCAGGCUCAGCCGAACCGAAUAUAUGUAUGUAGCGCUACACCUUUCUUUGUAUUUUAGUUGAUGUAAGAAAGAUUACAUCUAGGUGUAACAGCAGCUAUUCUUAAAAAGUGUCAUUUUUAAUAGAUAUUGUAUAACAAUUUUUCUUUUAGCGCCAGUAUAUUGUUUUUAUUACAGCAACUUAGAGGCUGUUCGUGAACCGAAUGAGAGAUGCCCUAGUAGCCCACACACAGAGGGACAUGUGGCGCUCGUUAACUAAAUUAAAGGCAUUCCUAGGUGGCCGUCGUUCGGCUACCGACCACGCGGCGGUCGGCCAUUUUGGAUCCUUUGUCUUACCAGCGGGGUUUGGUCAUCGAGCGCAUGGAGGCAAAAUCGGCUACUCUAAGGCGCGAACCCCGCUGGACUUCCAGGCCGUUCGGGAGCUCCGGUAUUCCCCUAUUACGGUUUCCCAUCAGUUUUCGGUAGUUUCAGGUGAACUCUUGGGCAAAGUGUCUUUCGUGCGGCGUUCGGUUGUUUUACCUGGGAUCUGAGCGGUAUUCUCACGUAAGGUGCGCUCAGACCUCAGCUAUCUACCGAACGUCCAUUCGUUUAAAUCUACCAAGUAUUGUAAAAGUUAUAGAUUUUAAUGUGAAUUGUCGGUUCUGCUGCACGGAGGGAUAAUCCACUUAAAGGUAUAUUCCAGUGGGAGUAUCCCUCUUGUCCAGCAGUGCAUGGUGGGAGAAAUGCCCAGAAUGUUAAGUCCCCUACUGUGUUACCCCUACUAGGUCAGUAAGGAAACCCCUUGCAUAAAUACUGGAUGCUGUGAAUAAAAACCUGAGUUGACUCCCAGAACUGUUUUGUCCGGUUACUGGGGGAUUUGGGAUAUUGCCUUGCUUUUCAGCGCUUGACUUGGAUUACUUUCUUUACCAGCGGAGUUCGUGGGAUUUAAUAUUGCCGCUCCACUACAGCAACCAUGUUGGCGACACCGCUCUUUGAAGGCAAGUUCCCAAUAGCCUCCUGGAUAUCCCGAGCCUGGGAAGCAUUUUGGACUCAAUGGCGCUGAUCCUUCUUGUGAGGACUCCGGCACCAUAUUGAGGCCUGAGGUGCCGCGGUUGUUGACCGCAUUAUCACGGAAGAAUUUUGUUAGGGCAACAGAUUUGCCUGCUGGAUGUUUCCCCAAGGUGUGCUGGGACGAGAGGGAUCUUUUGGAGGGUUCCAUCUUUAUUUUUAAGCCCGGUUGGAUGUUGAUAUGCUGCAGGUUAUUUCAUAGGUCGCUUACAAUACAUUCUUGCGUCUGAGCUUGGCUCUACCCCCUGGUAAACUUUAUGUAGAUCUUGAUCUAGUAUUUGCACGUGAAAACAGAUUGUAAACCAGAAGUACAAUAUUCACGCAUAUGGCUUGAAAUAAACUCAUGUUUACUAUCUGCAAAUCUGUUGAAAUGGGAAUUUCAAUUGUGGUUGAAAUCCCUAUAUAUUUGAGUUUCCCUUCCAACACACACUAUUCUACAAGCACAAUUCUAGAAUGAUGUGUGAACGUUCAACUAAUGCCUUUAUUUGGACAUUGGAAUCUUUCAAAUAAUUGACUACAAUGGCUGCUUUACAGUUUUUGUUUUUUAUGUCUACACGGAACACGUUUGUGUUAUGUCUGUCUUUAAGUGAUGGUAUUUUGCUACCUCUCUGGAAUUUUUUUCUAGUUUGUUAGGUCUGGAAACCAUUUCUUUAUAUCUGAAGGAAUUUGCUGUAGGGCAGUUGAUUAGUCGUUCGAUGGGUUGGGCUGUAGCUGUAGGAAAUCUGUAAAGAUGAUUUAAAUAAUGUUUGUAUUAGUGGUAAAAGGAGCAUUUGAUUAACUAUUCUAGGUAGUGCGACCCGAGACCCACCUGGCAAUAAUCCUGUAAUUUAAACUGGGGACUCGGAGUGCCUCGUUCUUUAUAUCUUUGUAUGUCUGCUCUGCUGCUUCUAACUUUUUAUGCGGUAGUUGGUCCGGGCUGGCAAAUAGCUGACAGUAUAGCUAAUUUCCAGAUUUAUUUCCAGGUCAUUUAGGGAACAGCUGGCAGCCUCUAACUUUUCAGUGAUGGUUCUCUGGCAUGCUACAAGCCCUCUAGUGCUUGCUCAUGAUAAUACUAUAUCUGAAAAUGGGUAUAGAUUGGAAGCCAUAUAUCUAGAACCAGUAUAAGAUUCCUUUUGAGCAGUAAAUUGGUUUUAGUCCUAUUCUUUUGACUAAAAAAGCAGUUUUAGUAAUAUUUUGGUAAUCUGAAUAGUUUUUUUAGUCGACUAAAUCUCCAGUAAAAAUUUUUUUUAUUUUUAUUUUUUUGUCUGUCAAUUUGCUCCCCUUCUGGAGAGACGCACACUGGGUCAUUCGGCAGUAUUUAUCAAUUUAAUAUAUAUUUUUUUUUCCUUUAAAUAUCACGCGUUUUGUUCUGUUUUUCAGUCCCCUUAAAAAGCAUCUUGGUGGAUGUUCAGGUGAGAGGCUUUGUGGCCGAUGUAUCUGCGACUCUCAAAUAUAAGAAUUCGGAGGAGAAUGCAGUGGAAGCUGUCUUUGUGUUCCCCAUGGAUAAUGACUCUGCUGUAUACAACUUUGAAAUGAUGGUGGAAGGGAAGAAGAUUAUAGCAGAAAUUCAAGAGAAGAAAGAGGUAGACAAAAAACACAAGUUUAAACAUCAAAGUUUUUUUACGUCUGUCUGUAGUAAAAGUGCAGGUAAUCACAGUAACCUUUAGUAUAUUCGAUGCUGCAGCAGCUUACACAAGUGAACUAUUUCACUUGAUUAUCUUCUACUGGCUAUUCAAUAAAUGUAAGAGUUGCAAAAUUACCAAAUCUGAAAAAAUUCUCUGACUAGUUCACAUAAAAUUUGCAACACUCUGGUCUGGUCUGAUCACAAAAAAAUUGUGGUUCAGUGAGUAACCCUGUCUGUGUCUUAUUCUCCCAGGCUCACAAAACGUAUGAUGAAGCCAUCAGCCAGGGGCAACAGGCGUUCCUACUGGAGGAAGACGAGAGCGCUGGUGACGUCUUCAGCUGCAGCGUGGGGAACCUGCUUCCAGGCCAGGAAGCUGACGUGACUCUGUGCUAUGUAAGAGAGCUGCCGGUGGAGGCUGACGGAGCUGUGCGCUUUGUCCUGCCGGCCGUACUGAACCCGCGAUAUACUCCCGAAGGUACAGCAAGCCAAACUUUGAUAUUACAGUUGCUUUCUUGUAUAUUCAAUUUCUGUUAUGCUGACUUAAUUUCCAUGAUGUUCAGAUCUGAAAGGUUUUCUGAGCAUCAUAGGAAAUGAGGUCCACACAUAGGCUAACAUUGGAGGUGUUUGACUGUCUUUAAUUACUCUUGAUGCUCAGAAAACCUGAUCCCACUUAGCAUUAUGGGAAAAAUACUUCAAAACUUCUUGUAUUGCCAGUUUCCAAAAAUACCCAGUCUGAGUAAACCUUUCUCCAUGGUGCCAUUUUCCAUUCAUCCGUACAAAUUCCUAAGUCUGUCGUAGGAAUUAAAGUUCCCAGCAGCUGUCAGGGAUUGCUAGCAGUUGGGUUUGGAGCUUCCUAUGGUUUAUCUUAAACGGUUUGUUCUGGUAGCAUCCCGAUGUCAAUGUGUACAUUGCUACAAUACUUUAUUUUUAUUUUUUUAAAUAUAGAUCAGGACCCAAGCGUCACUAUUGAUAUUCCACGUGUGCCAAUUGGAAAGAUACCAUAUACACUGUCUUUGGAUGCUCAUUUCACUUACUCUUAUGGAAUCUCCAAGAUUGAGUCUAACUGUGAGAUCACGCCCAUCCAAUACACCAACGAUGAUAAAACAUCUGCCAAGGUGAGCCACCUCUGAAAUAACUUUCACCUGCUAUGCAGUGCAGUCUCUUGUCGCCAUAACAAUGCUUAUCCUCUUUCAGUUAAAUUCCCGGUCACCAUGAAUAACAUGAAGGAUGUAAUACGAAUUGUUACUAGGUGACAUUGAAAGUCUAGAGGGUUACUCCAAGCAUCAUAACUAACAAUGAGUUUUUGUUUUGUUUUUUUAUGCCAGGAAUACCCUGGCACCAUUCUCUAAUAAGGUAAACCAUUUAGUUUGCCCUGUUACCUCGUCUCCGCCAUAGCUGGUGAGUCUAUGGGUGACUGACAUUGGUCUUCGGCAGAAUCCCAUCCGUUAUUCAUUGACUGAGUGCUAUUAGUUGAUGAAUGACCCUCUGUCCAUGGAAGUAAGCACAGAACAAGUGUUCCAGGAUGACUAAUGUCACCAGAGGUGGCAUUAAACCCCUGACUGCAGUAUAAAAUAUCUCUGUAUGUGCAGAAUUUUAUAUUGAAACCCAGUAAAUACAGACUCCAGUGAUAUGAAGUGGUCAUGGUGCUAGGAGUAACCCUUUAAUCCCUGAACUGGAAAGGUGUUAAAAAAAGGAAUAUCCACUGCAUAUAUUUGUUUUAAUAGAAAUGGCAUUUAUUGUUGUAAUAAAAAUACAAAAACUCCAGGUUCCAUAUAGUGCAGGGGUAGGCAGCCUUCCUCUAAGUGCUGCAAUGCAUAAAUUGAGGACAGUCCCUCACCACCUCCAAUCACUGCUCGGGUUGCACAAGCAGAUCUCUAAAGUCCCAUUGGGACUCAUGAUCUGCCAGAGCUUGUUUGGCUCUAACCACAUAGUUCUAUGUGCAGCACUGACUUAGACCUGGCCGACCCAGUCGUUUAUAAAUUCUCACUGAUCAAUGCUGUGGUAAGUCAUUGACUUUCCUUCCACCUACAAACUUGCAGUCCAAUGAGACAGUGAGCCCCCUCCACACCCAAAAAAAAUCUAUAGUGAUAAAGGAAAAAUAACACUUUGAAAUGCCCUUUAACAGAUGUUGGGUGUGGAGACUUGGAGAAGACUUCUUAGCGCAUGUGCAACCAAACCUCAAGAUACAUCAACACUUUUUUUUUUAUCUUUGCAUUACUCUGUAUUCUAGGUGUCUCUGGCUGAGGGAUACAAGUUUGAGCGAGACUUAGAACUUCUUACUUACUACGCUGAGGUGAACAAACCUAGUGUGACAUUAGAAGCGGGGCUUUCAGAAGCCAAAGCAGGUAAGGUAAUCAGAAGCCAAUGCCUGUCUUCUAGCCGUGUUUUGUUCUCCUUUUUCCCAUUCGUAUGUCUGCAUGAAUGUAAAACCUGCACAGAUUCUCUAGAGCUUGAGGUACGAAGCAGCCGACUGGCACAGCAGUGUUUACUGUAUAAGAUGUUUAGAGAUAGACAUGGCGGUAUUGAGCAGAAGGCCCAUGCCACUGCCUAGGACCUAUGGGAAGCCAGCACUGUUGGUUAAAAGAACAAAAACAAUAUAGCACAUCCAAUGCCAUAUAUGUAAAAUAAAUACUAUACACAUAUUUUUCUAAACUUGAAUACCUAGGAUGGUUAUUCUUGCCUUAAAUCUAGAAUAUCGGAUAGUGAAUAAACAUAUGAAGUAUUUAUAUAGUGACAUGCCUUGUUUGUCUUGGCUCUUGUGACUAUGAAUACACCUUCAGAUUGCCUGCUUUAAUCUGUGGUUGUUAACAUCCACAAACUAAACAGUGUGAGAAAUAUAUAUUUUAGGAUAACUGCCAAUAUAGUAAGCAGAACUUUAGAACAUUAUAAAAGGGGAAAUUUUAACAAUAAAGGAGACCAUAACUAAAUGUUACAGGAAAAAUAGGUUGAAGACUCUGCUCAAAGGAGCUUGCAAUCUAGAGGAAGAUUGUGGCAUCUAUUGAACAGGAUGAUACCAGUUUCUGUCAGCUGACUCGUGUUGGCUGUUAGUAUAUGGCAAAGUACGCUUCACCCAGUGCAACAUCUUGCCAAAAUUCAGCUCUUGCCCUAAACCAGGUGGUCCAUGCGUUGUCUCGUGUAUUUAGUCUAUACUUUUCAUGGCAUUUGGGUUUUUAAUAUUUAAAAUAAAUCUGUCUCUUUAUGAAAACUUUUUGAAGUUUGUACUCUUGGGUGAAAUAUAAGAAAUAUGCACAAUGAUUAAUUUGCAUAGUCUAGCCUCUCCUAGUUUUUUCUUCUUCUCAAAUGGUUCUAUGGAGCUACUUCUCUCACCCCAGUCUUCCCAGUUCAUCAUCAGACCUUCUGAUCUGCCUAAAUUUUGGUCUUUUAGUUUGAUGUCCUGAAAAUGCUGUAAUUCCUUUACAUUCCACUACUUUAAAUGGGAGACUAGAAGGGGUUAAAAUUGUAAGAAUAGAAUGAUUGGAGCUCUAUGGGUGGACCCAAUAGCAUCAGCAAGCAAAGUCCGAGGAAGAUGGGCACGUUGAUUGGCAAUGUUUGUUACUCCUAUGUGGUACACUCAAUGUUUGACUUAAUCCCCUGCUUAGCAUUGCCUUAUGUGCAGGCUUCCAAUCUCUACUACACAUGAGUUAUUUUACUUAUAAGAUGUUUUGCUUUAAAGUGGGAGGACAGGGUAGGUUGAUUUUGUCCUUAGGUUGAAGAGUAUUGAUCUUUGAUUUAAAUUAUUCCACUUUCUUUUCCUUUUUAAAGGUUCCUUGCUGGCAGAGCCAGUAGUCAUGUUGAACUUCUACCCCACCUUUCCGGUGAUAUCGGAGCAGUCAAACUGUGGGGAGUUCAUCUUUGUGGUGGACAGGUCGGGAAGUAUGGAUUGCCCAAUGAAUUCAGAGGAAAAUUCACCAAUGCGGAUCCAGAGUGCAAAGGUUAAUCAUCACAAUAUGUACAUCUGUUUCCCUGAUCAAAUAGAAUGCCAUUUUGAAUUUAAAAACUAGUGUGAGCAACUGUAUCCUUCGACUGUUAAAGGCACUUUAGGUAGAAUAAGGUGUAUAUGAUUGUGUGAAUUGAUGUAUGCACACAAUGUAUCCUCUUGUAGCAUUCCUUCUGCAGGGCUCUCACAUUGUUCUUACUGACAUGUCUAAAAUAAUUGUCCUCCCUUCUGGGUGAGUCUUUUCUUCACAAGACUAACACGAACGUACUUAAAGGGCAACACCCUAGAUGAAAGUACAUUGGUGUUCUUGUCCACGGUGUGGUAUCUCCAGGGUCUGUGGGGUGGAUGAAUUAAUCAACGGAUCCCGCUGUGUAAGUAGCUUUGCCUUGAUUUGGUUUUCUGUCUUGGGUAGUCAGAUAAAGGAUGAAACCUGCUAUCAUUACGCUGGCAGGAAGCAUCAUUGGUGAAUGUGGAGCUGGCACUACUGGCAUGGUGAGGUGAACCUGUUAUUCAUAUUUUAUUUUGGAGGCCAAGUUCUACAUAUUUUUAUAAAAUGUAUAAAUGUUGGAUUCCGUACAGCCAUUAAUUGUGCGGUAGUGUAAGUGGACUGCUGCUAACGAUGGCCUUUAUUUUGAAUUAAUUUCAGUUCACAUAAGUAGUAAAUCCCAUCUGUUAGAAAAAAGAACUAUUUCUUAUCCAAGUACUAUUAAAGUCUGAAUUAUUGUAGGUAAAACAUAUAGAUUUUUCUAAACAAAGUGGAAUAAUUUGAUUAAAACAAAUUAAAUUGUGGCCUAUAUUUGUGCAUGUUGUACAUGCCAUCAGUGGAACAGGGCACUGCGUGCUCAAUUAAGCAAUACAUAGCACUUAGCAGGCAUCUGUUUAACUGUGUAUUGCAUGGAGCACUUUUUAAGGACCCGUAGAGGUCACAAAUCCACAAACCGGCCAGGGAUCAAUCAGUGCAUUAUAACCCUAUACGGAGUUGUUUAAAGACGCUGGGCACUUUAAUCACUGUUUAGUCUCACACGUUGGAGGUUAAAUCUGACACUAUGCAAUUCAUCAACCAUAAGCAGUUCUGUGUACAGUCUUGCACUGAGCACGUUAUAAAGCACUUGCACAGUUUAUCCAAAGGAGUGGACGAAGCCCCAUAAAAUAAACCUGAUGGUUAUCCCAUUGGUAAUCCACCUUCUCAUGGUUCUUGGUUAUAUUUUGAAUCAAGAUACAUAUAAAAUUCAGUUUUGAAGCCAUUCCUACCAAUAACCUCGACUCCAUGUCCAGUACGCUGAGCCGAUCGAGAGAAAACUCCAUUCCUCCCCUAAUGAGUUACACCGAAUGGGUUGAGUGCCUAAUCUUAAUAUAUUUCACUCCAGCAUUCCUAAGUGCUCUGCAGUUAUGCUAAAUCUUCCGCUUAAAUAUUGAUAGGCUAAUGAACUCGAUUCUGGUUUAAGAUUACGCCAGGGGUGGUGCCAGGCGAUUUGUAUUGUAUUCUGGGAGAUAACUGUAAAUACUGUUCUGAAAUAUUGCACCUUAUCUCGCUUGCUCUUGUCUUUCAGGAGACUCUGAUCCUUCUGUUGAAGAGUUUACCAUUGGGUUCAUAUUUCAAUAUCUAUGGUUUUGGGUCCAGUUUUGAGUCAUUCUUUCCGUGAGUAUCAUCUUAGCCUUGCUGGUGUGUGUCGGAAACUGACUUUCAGUCUAGUUCAGAGUAUUCUCCUUAAAGUGUGUGACUUGUCUUCACACCUCCAGGGCUGAGUAGUUGACCAGAUAUUAAACUUUUAUUUAUUUUUUUUUCUUCAAAGAUCCCCUUAAAAUCUUUCUUUGUAUAGGUCACAGUUUGAGGAUGGGUCACUUGGACCGGUAAAUGCCUGCAGCGUGUUACUUGGGUGAAUUAUUAAAGUAUUGCUUUAUUCAUCUAGAUUUAAUCCAGAUCUUUAGUAAAGCAUAAUAUCUUACAUUCUAUACGCGUGCAAAACCCAAAAUGGGCCCCAGUGUACUGUUUUUGUGACGUGUCGUUGAGGUCCAGUUUAAGCAUUAUCUAUUUCACAAAUCACUUGGGUUUCUAUUCUCCCAGGGAAAGCAUGGAGUACACACAGGUGUCGAUGGAUGAAGCUGUGAAAAAAGUUUCGGAGAUGGAGGCUAACUUAGGAGGAACUGAGAUUUUACAACCUCUACAGAAAAUCUAUAAAACAGCAGGCAGGCCAGGGCAGCCACGCCAGGUAACACCCGAGAGAUUGGGUAACUAUCAUUCGAUCUGGACUUAGAUCUGCAUGUCAUCAAUCUAACAUAAUGUACCCGGGCUCUCAUUCCACCAUGAGUGGCAAAGCACUCCUAAAUAUUGUAAAUCUUUUCUUUAAAAACAAACCAUUAUAAUAACUAAAUUGCGUUCAGGUUUAGUUGUAGUGUACAAUAAUGUAAUUAAUACAAUAUUUAAAUUCACAUUUAACUUGCUGAUGGUUAUAAUCACCUUUUAAAACUAAUUUAAAAUGGUGUGUUUAAAAAAAAAAAAAAUAAAAAAAAAAUAAAAAAAAAUUUGAGCUAUAAACAUUCAAAAGGGAAAUUCUGCCACAACAAAAUCGAAAAUAACCAAUUAGAUCUGUAGGGUAUGUCAGACCAAACCAUAACUGGGGAGAUAAAUGAAAUGUUUGUGUUGAUAAAAGGAGUAAAUGUAUCACAAUAAAACAUGAAUUACUUGUGACUCAAAAAUCAAAACAUGGGUAAUGAUCCCUAAAAGAAGGCUGCUCAUUAGGCAGGAUGAGUCCUAUGUUUGUGGUGGAUCUGUGUCCCACAGUGUUUUCCUUUUCAGCUCUUCGUCUUCACGGAUGGAGAAGUCGGGAACACAAAGCAAGUGAUAUCAGAGGUUCAAAAGAAUGCCGCAAAUCACCGGUGAAUGCCAUUCAACGCUUUCUAGUUUGAUUUCACACGUAUGCCACUACUUGCAGCCGGUUACCUCCGCUAGUUCCCUUCCUUCAGUCGAUCAGGAACCCUUACAGGGUUAGGUGACUUGGCUCCAUGCGCUCCCAUGGACUGCGCCCAGUCCUGGAAGCUCUUAGUCCUUACAAAAACUUUCCCCACUGCAUCCCCUGCAAGCUGGAACAGCAGAAACGGGGGUUAAAUCUUCCUUUCCUCCAGUAACCAGAUGACACACAGUUCUGAAGGUUAAAACACUGACAAUCUUUAUUGUAAACAGGCUUCUUUUAUGCACAGACCCCCACAGGGGGUCUCCUUUCAGGACCACACAAUCCCAGGCAGGAGGGGGCUGGGUCACAGCUGCUCUGCGAGAUACCAACAGUACACAGGGACAAACAUUAAGACACAUUACAUCGGCGGGGGGGGGGUAAACUUUGGGGCUCGGCACCCCGGGAAGGGAAGGGGUUACAGUGUUGAAACAUACAUUGAUAGACAGCCCCGUGUCCCCACUAGGAUCCCUACAAAUAGUGGGAUGAUCUGAUGAACAGAGCCAGAUAAAUCAUAGUCUAAAGUUCUGGGCUUGAGACUCUGUACAUCUCAAAUUAGUUCCAUGAAGUUGCUUGGUUUAGUGCGGUGAACUCCAAUUUUGCACCUAAACCAAGCAACAACCAAUCAACUGAAUGGCGCAAAACCAAACUGCAUCAAUCCAUUCACUGGGAGAAGUGGAGUUUUGCCGCCCAGUCAGAAGAAAGGGUGCAAUGCUCCCUCACUGACUGGUCACCUAUGCCCUGCAGUGACCAAUCCAGUUUGAAUGGGCGCACCCUCUCCCUCUGGUCCACAUGGACUUCAAUGCGGCCAGUGGGACUCUUCUGCUGGGAGAUGGACUCACAGCUCCAGAGAUUCCCUGUUGGCGCGCAUCCCUCUCUCCGGUAGGUUUUCACUGGAGAGGGCACUCUCCUGGGCAGCUACAAGCCUUGCCAGUGACCAUAGCUCUGUUGGGAGCGGGUAGGACUAUCCCCGACAAGGGUACCGGAGACAGUAUGCGUAUGCCGGUUCGAGAUACGAAUGCUUCACCUGGUUGGUGUUCGGUUAUACGAACAGUCUGCCAUACAGGGGAAGCAAGCACUGCUUCUUUCCCUUGCAGUUAGCGAGGUGGGAACAUUCUGAAUAGACAUUCUAAAUGAGGUGUUGUAGUGGUCCCCGUUCAGGAGCAGAACAGAACCUGUUGGUAUGAGCUCUCCCUAACUGGGAGCAGGUAAGGCACACACCUUCAACACAAUUCCAUAUAGAUACAUGGGGAAACAGAGUACAAGGAAAAUCAUGAGAAUAAACAUUGGGAACACUGAAUACAAGGCAAAAUGUGAAUAUUCAGUGGGCAUGGCACUUUUUCAAUGUGCCAGGAGCCAAUGUUGCUGCUGUACUCUUUUUGCAUGCGCAAGAAUGCAUCAUUGAGGUCUGUAGAGGAGACCGCUGGAUCUUCCAUAGACACCAUUAAUUCCCUUCAUCCGUCACUGUCUGAAUUGACUUGUACUCCGCCUUGAGUUUAAGAAAGUCAGGUGGAGGAGGAAUACUUUGUGUAUUUCAGUGAAAUUCUAACCGUUAAAAUGAGUAUUUCAUAAAGAUUCUAACUUUACGAUAUACAAAUGUUUAGGGGGAGGGUGACCAUGUGAGGUUGGGGUCGCUGUUGGCAUUUUGUCCUUUGUUGCCGCAGAUUGCUGUAAUUUAAUUUUUCCUCUGGAUAAUGUUUUUUUUUUCAGGUGCUUUACAUUUGGGAUCGGUGAAGGAGCCUCCACGGCUCUGAUUAAAGGUAUGGCCCAAGCGGGUAAUGGUACGGCAGAAUUUAUCACCGGAAAAGAGAGAAUGCAGGGCAAGGUAACCUGUAGAUUUUAAUGUAUAAAUGUGCAUUGUAACACUUACUGUAUAACUGUAAAUGUAGAUAUUGCUAAAAAAAAAAGCCAUCUUGUGGGUGAUUCACCAACACAAAAUAUUUACACGAUCACUGGUUGUUGAGCAGUUCUGAAUCACAUUUAUUUAGUUUUAUUGUGUCUUGCUUAUAACUGCAAUAAUGCAAUGUCUCCUUAUUUAACUAUUGUUCAUAUUGCAGUUUCUUUUAUACAUUUAUUUCCACAUUGUUUUGAAUGAAUUUGUUGGAGGGUAAUCUAAAGUCCAAAACAUACCAGAGGAAUGUCCAUAUGCUUAACUCUUGGUGUUGGUGGGGAAAACCUAUAGAGUGAGCUGUCUUGUGGAAUUUCUCAGUUCCCAAGCACAACCAAUGUGGUGGGGUACAAUGGUCCCCAUAAAGGGUGUUAGAAUUUUCCAAACUAACUUAAAUCUGAGCAGCAUGAUGAUUUUAAUCCACCCAGCAAUAUGUCCCAUAAGGAGAAUGUAAGACUUAAAACUGGGCUGCUUGUUCAGCAUUACAAUGCAUCCAUAUAAAGGGGCAAAAGUUAACCCGUACAACGCAUUGCUUGAUGCAAGAUAUAACAAAUCUACAUUUUGCAGAACUGGCAAAGAGACGAAUGUGGCUCCCUGAUCAGUGCCACUCUCAAUAGGGAAUACUUCCUGCAAAGAGCUUUGGGUAAUUAUCGUCGUCUGAGAGUAUGUGUCCAUAUCAAAAGGACCGUAUUCUGUCUUGUCUUCAUAUUCCUUUCUGUCAAAUAAGCUCUACCGCUACUGCCAGUGGAGAGCCAUAAGCUCUGUGUGAGUGAAGACCUGCAAUGCAUUCGUAGAUGAGGGGAGCGGAUCCGAAAUUAGAUGUCGGACCAUUCCCAAAUGAUUUGAUUACUUGAAAGACAUUCCAGGCUUGCUGUUGUAGUGGUUAGGGUGCUUGACUUGUUCCUUUUUAUGCUUGUUGUGUAUAAUAUAGUCUAAUUUCAAAGAACUAAUACAGCUGUACAAUCUCUCCAAUAGGUCCUUCAGGCCCUGAAACGUUCCUUACAGCCCACAGUGAAGGACAUCUCUCUGCAGUGGACCCUUCCUCCUGGCUUGGAGGCCACUCUGCUCUCCAGAACCCCCAAUGUCAUCUUCCAGGGUCAGAGAUGCAUUGUCUAUGCCCAAAUCACAGGAAAGGUAUGUCAAUCUGGUUACAGUGUGAGCAGUAGAGAAUGUGCUAGUAUUGACUCUGUUGCACCCAUUUGCCGUAUGUGUGCUCGUAGAAGGCAUUAAGGGUUAUUGGUGCAGGAGCAGUUAUGAUGGUCUGUGGAGUUCCCCAAUCCCAAUUCUCCUACCCGGUCUAUCUCCAAUCGCUAGAACCCUAACCAGCAUUUCAGUAGGUCUUCCAUAGAAUCUACUCUUGCUUCUGAUGGAUGAAAUUAUGAAUUCAUAGGAAUAGAUGGAGAAUCUCUUCCACUUUGAACUGUUCAUAUUCUUUGUCUUAGGUGGAGGAUGCUUCAGAUGGGAAUGUGUGUCUUGAGUACAAAUUCAACGAAGAAACUUUCAAGAACACGUUACCAUUUUCUUUGAUCUUCUCAGACGUCAAGAGGUAGCUAUUUUCUUGUGCUUGUUUUUUGCCAUUCAAAGGAUGUGGUACUGGCGGUCCAGGGCUUUCAGGGAAAUUUCCCUUUUCAGGGAAAAGUAAAUUUAACAAUAGGUGAGACCAUUACAAAAUGUUACAGGAACAAUAGGUUGCUUAGGACCAUGCUCAUAUUAACUUGCCAUCUAGAAGAGGUGGGAUAUAAAUACACAGCAUAGGAAGGGAAGCUUGGAAGAUGGCAACAAAUCGAUAGGGGAAGUAUCAGAAUCAAAAGGUGAGUGGAGUUGGGGCCCUUUUAAUUUAUUAAAUAAAUUACAUGCGGAGACCAUACGCUAUUCUGAAGAGGUGGGUUUUGAGGAACAUUUUAAAGACUAGGGGAGAGUCUGAUAGGAGUAGGCAGUGUGUUCCAAAGGAAAGGAGAGGUCCUACAAGCGAGAAUUAGCAGUAAGGGUGCGAGCAGCGGACAGGAGACGGUCACUGGCAGAGCAGAGAGACCUAGAAGGGGUGUACCUAUGAAUUGGUGAAGAGCUGGUUUAGACCUUUUAUAUGUAAGGGUUUGUUGUAUUUUUGUUUUUUACAUUCUUUAUUUUGUGUGCAUAGUUGAACAUAAAGACAUUUUGGCAAGAAUAUAUGGUAAUAAGUGUAACAGGUGUCUCUCAUAAAAUCUCAUAGGAGAAAAUGGCACGUUUUUGAAAUAAUAAACACAUAAAUAGGAAUGCUGAGUAGUAGCUUAUACCAAUAAGCAAGAUUAACCACUGAAGCUCCACUCCAUGUACGGGUGGAGUGUCGUGUAAGGUAUACCGAAUUAUAAAACCGAACCAAAUUUAAAGGGCCUAGCAAGCCACAACACACAAAAUUGAGGGAGCCCUGUGUAGAAUCAAGCUAGAAGCUCGCGUUGGCGCUUGUCUAGCUACUUCCCAGAUAUGGGAGACAAAAGGUAAGUAUAUAAGAUGAACAAAAAAAUAGGUUGCCUAGCCGACAAUGCAUAUAUCAGGAAGCUAGCACGCUUUGCGUGCAGGAUCCAGGUGUUAGAUUCAACUGCCCGUGGAUGAUCCUCAGCCUGCGUGGUCGUCGUGCGAGGCAGUGUCUCGUAAGGCCCUCUGCCCCGGUAGAGGGAAGGGUUAGUAUUUUGAAUCAAUGUCCUAAAGGGUGCGGCAGCCAAUGUAAGGACUGACUGUUCCAUGUGAGAAGUUACAAGAGCAUGAACAAGCUUUUGGGAGAAUUUUUUUUUUUUUUUUUUAUAGGCAUGAUUGGCAGGAUUUGGCAACAGACUGGAUCUGAGGCCAAAAUAAAAUCCUUGAUUUUACAGAAAUUCUACUUUUGCAUAUGGCUCUGGCUUCAAGACUUAUUAGCUCUGUCCUGGGUAAAUACCUAUGAUUGCUAUUUUAGACACUGUCUGGGGGUUAGAUAAAAUGGCGAUUAUGGGUGGAGGCACUUAUUGAGGUGAGAAAAAUCAAUCAAGGAAAGCGGUGGGGAAAAGAUUUGCAAUUUCAAGACAUAAGGGAAUGGGAGAGCUCAGAUGGGUGAAAGUUCUAAAAAGUGAACAUAAAAUAACAACAAGAUUAUACGUGCAAUAACUCUACACUAACAAAAAUAAACAUUUAACAAAAAGCAAGAGUGAAGCAUAGAAGGUACAAUAAUUAUCAAUCGGACAGUAGUGCUAUAGCGGAUGGAGGUAGAAAUGAAAAUAAGUAGAUGGAUAAAGAGUUCUCUGCCCAUGACUGGCUGCAAGACUUGAUAAAUCUGAGUGAAAACGUAUGGUUGCGGUUUGGGGAAUAUAAUGGUGCUUGGUUUUUCUUGACUCUUCCAACAAAGCCUGGUGUAGAUCAUUUAACCCUUUAUGGAACAUUGCAGUCUGUUAACUGAUGUAUAUUAACAUCUUAUUGGAAUUGUUACAAAAAAUGUAGAAGCAGAAACUCUGCCUUCCUGAUGACAUGGGUUUGUGUCUCUCCAAAGGCUUUUAGAUCUUAAACCACAACAAGCAGAUCAUCUGACCUCAAAGCCUGUAUCUCAUGUUUGCAUGUAGAUCGACAAGAAGGGCCGAUUUCCUGGUGUUCCUUUGCUGUUGAAAAUACAUUGCACGUUGCCAUGUGGGUUAUAAAACCACCAUUAUUGGCCGUGCUUUGUGCGAUCAAUAGUCAUUCUAUUUCAUGGACACCCACCACAAGACUACCUGCUGUUAUUUUUGGUGUAAUAUUAUUUAUAUAAUUAUUCAGCAUGCAAUCCCAUGCCCCACUUCAUUCACAUCCGUUAUUUGUCAUUUAAAAAGAUUCAUAUCGUGUAAAAUAGUGGCACUUACUGGCCACUUAUUUAGGAUUACCUAUAAUGUUGGAAAUGGUAACAUCCCUUAUAUUGCAAUGUCUUGCCUUUUUAAUGUCACAUGUACCAUAGGUGUGACAAGAAUCAAUGUUUCUUACAAAUCCCUAAUACAUUGGUAAUUUUGGCAAUUGUAUUUAAUGGUCAUUUUGGGGCUGUAGCCUCCCAAAAAUCUAUUGAGAUGUUUUAAUGCCUGGACUUUAUACCCACUUACAGAAUUUUCUUUGUUUCAUAACCAAAGGAAACCUGCCCCUAGUGGUUCUGGAGUGCUGUCACACUAACUCUUUUGUUCAUGGGUGUUGGUUAGGAUAACAUCCUAUUAACAGAUACUAGGGUUGCCCGGACUAGUUCAACUCUUUGUAGUCUGGGUGCAAUGUACUUGUCCUUUUAACCAUGUAUUAUAAAACAUUGCAGUUUAUUUAGAAACCACAGUAUUUACACUGCAGGGAUAAGUCCACUUCUAGUGGCUGACUACCAGUCGGCCACUAGAGGCGCUUUCGCUGCAUAAAGUAAAACCCGGUCACGUGACUCUUAAGCAUUGGAUAGGACCAUCUUUGAGGAAGUCUCCUCUGUGACGUAGGGGGCAGAGGUGAGUAGUGCCAAAGGAAUACAAAUCUGUAUUCCUAACUCUGUAUUCCUUUUGUAAUCAAAAGAACUGAAGCUCAAUGAAGCAGCUGUGUAUAGAUCAUACCUCGGCAUUUUCACUGCUCCGUUCUCUGCAAUUUCCAAGUUAAAUCAAAUUUGUUUGUGUUUAUGCUACCCUAGCCACACCUCCCCUGACUGUGACGGAUGCAGUCUGCAUGAAAACAAAUUUUUUAUUUUCUUGAAGGUUUUUAUCACCGGCUUUGUAAAUUAAACUUUAAACACACAGGCUCCUGUGGGGCCUAGAAAGCUGUUAAUAGAGCGGGAGACAAGCAAUUCUGUGUAAUAAAGGAAAUGUAAACAAUAGAUGCCUCUUUACAGGGAGUGUUUUGAAAGGCUGUGUAAGUCGUAUGCAGGGAGGUGUGACUAGGGCUGUGAAACUGCAGGGGCCUGGACUAUAAACCAAAACUGCUUCGUUAAGCUGAAGUGGUUUUGGUGCCUUUUAAUGUUCCUUUUAAGAUAACUUGGAGGACAACACGAGAGACUGGGUGUGGUUUUUUAAAUUGACCAAUUCUAAAUGUCUUGCAAUCCCCACCCUCCUUAGAUCAACCAUCCACCGACUUGCUGCCAAGGCUUUGAUCUCCAAUCUGGAGAAUGGAUUAGAAUCUGAUUCAGAUGAAGUGAAGAAGAGUAUCUUGGAGACCAGCAUCCAGUCUGGUGUGAUCUCCACUCUCACAGCCUACGUGGCGGUCAAUAAAGAAACCAAGCAGGCUGUGGACGGUCCUCCUGUGCGUUUGGAUAUCCCAACUCCAUGUAAGAAAUUAAAAAAAAAUGGUCACCAGCCAAGAUUAGCCAGAAUGAACCCCCCUACCCCCUCCCCUCCCAUUAUAACACUUUUUGAAGUGCGGCUAGGAGGAACUACAGUUGUGAGGAUACAUGAAUAUUUUCUGUAUAAAUCUGAGGAUCCAUCAUAACCUGAUCUGUUAGACUAUCUAGUCUGGCUGGUUUAGUAUCAUGAUGGUUGUAAUGUUACCAUGCACUGUUGACAACCAGCAAUUUUACAUCAUGACAGGAGGCUUCAUAUUUGCUUUACUGCAACACACCAAAUAAAAAUUAACCAAUCCGAAACUAGAAGAAAAAACUGAUCUAAAAUGCUUCCUCACCGGGAAGACUUCCUUUCUUUGCAGCUCUAUACCAGCUUAGACUGUUGUCUCCUCACUAUACUGAGCUCCUGAACAUUUACAUGUUAUAUCAGACUUAUGCCGGCUCUGCUCUUGUCCCCCAUUUUGGUGCAUGGGUGUGUGCCCCAUUUGUCACUUCCAAUUUAAGUGACUAUACAUUUGUAUUAGCGAUCACACAUUAUGGAUACCCUAUAGUGCCAGAGAGCAUUCUUUGCUAUAUACUCAAUUAUAUCUGAUUAAUUUUUUGUGUGCAUUAUUGUCCACCUCCCCCACCUUUACUGUACUAGGCAAGAUUUAUUGCAAGUGAAGUAAUUCUCGUCAAAUUAUGGAUUAGAAGAUACCUGCCAUAACCCUAACUAGGUCCACACACAAGACAAUAAUAGAUCUGCAGGGAGCUGAUCCUGGAUCCCUGGCUAUUUGUGUUCAAUUUUCACCAUCUCCAGUCAGGAAGCUGUUCCCGUCCAGUGCUUAAAGUGACUUUAUCCAUUUAUUGUUAAGGCAAGACUACCUUAGAGCAGAGUGGCUUUACCGGACAAGGUGAGCCUAACACUGGAAUUUGAUCAGACUAUGGUCCCUUAUGUGGCUCUGAGUGGACCACUGGCUGAGAUGCAACCCUGCCCCAAGUGGCACUCCAUUAGAUGCCAAUGAAUUCAGAAAAUAGGCCCAAAAGUGCGUGUGUCGAUUGGGCAAUGCAAAUGCGGAUCUCUAGUCGCGAGAAGCUAACUUAAGAAUAGAUCACAUAUUGACGGACAUUGGAGUCAAAGAAUUUCUCCAAGACAGCCUCCAGACUACACUCCCAAACUCAAUGUGGUGUCGAUGGAAUUCCUAGGCUCUGUGGUGAAUUGAGAGGACCAUUUCCUUGUUCCUGAUUUUUCAGUGAGGAGGCAUUGUAUUUUUUUUUUUUUUUUUUCUGAUUGGUUAAUGUUUAAAUGGUUUCCUGCAAUGGAGCUGCAGUAAAUAAUGGAAAUCACAUUUUACAUCCUGUCAUUAUUAAAAUUGAAUGUAUUACUUCACUAAAGAUUUGAUAAUCUGCAAUUUUCCAUCACUUUCUAACUGUUUUGUUUUUAUGCUUUCUUUCAGUUUUAAUGAGCAGGUGCUCCUAUCCAGCAGCGAGGAUGGCGGCUUGUGCUUAUGCUGCUCCACACCAAGAAAUGAUGAUGGCUGAGGUUUAUUGUGAGUUGGCUCGUGUGUUUAGAACAUUUUUUUUUUUUUUUUUUCCAAAGAAAAGUUAAGACUCCCAUAGUUAUAAAGGGACACAAACUCUAGUUGGAUUUAAUAUCCACAGAACCAAUGUAAAUAGUAACAGUUGUUACAGGCUUAAUUGGAUGGAUAAUCUGUUGCAUGUUCAUGGUUUUUUCCUUUUUAUGUGAUUUUUUUUUAAAACACUGGGAACACUUAUAAGACCUUUCAGUACAUUCCCACCUCCUUCAGAUAUUCUAGACCUGUGUGCAAAGAACAUUAACUUUGUGGCAUGGAUAAAUGUCAUUGAGCCAGUUCCCUGUCUCCUUACUUCUUCAUACGCUGGAACUCCUUCUGCUCUACCGGUGGUAGUUGGGGCUUUAGCACAUGAGUUGCUGUCCUUCGUUUUAUCUGGCUUUUUAGUGGUUUCUGGAAGUUGAUUACUGCGUCCUCUUUCUCUGGAGAAGUGGAUGGUGAAACUGUUGCCACAGUGUCUGUCUUUGUCUAUCAAUCUAUUUAUAUUUGUUUACCUCUGUGUGCUGCAUCAUUAACACAAUGUCAGUAGGACUUUACCAGCUUGCUUUCCUCUCCAAAUGAUGUAUGCCUUGUUCUAAUGGAAAGAACAUUGUAUUUAAUUCUCCAAAAGAUAUAGAGUACAGCUUAAUGUGCGGGUGCUGCUUAAUGUAGUUGUUCUGGUGAGUAUAGUCAGUCUCUGCAGGCUUUUUAAUGUAGGCAGAGAAAAGGCAGUGUUUUACUGCCUAGAAACACGUCUAGUGGCUGUCUCUCAGAUGGCUACUAGAGGUACUUGCUUGUUCGGUGUAGAACACGAACAUUCAGCGUCUUCGCGCUCUGCAUGGAGGCACUGAGCGUUCCUCAGUGUGGCAUUGAUAUAGUAACACUCUGAGGAGAUGCUGAUUGGCGCAGUGUGGUGUUUGCCGCGCAUGCACAAUGGCCUUCUAAUGGUUCCCUAUGUUUCGCAUUAGCCUCCAAAUGGUUUAUUCCUAAUUUUAGAAUAAAGAUAAUAUUACUUUGUGCCAAGGGGAGCUGGGAGCCUAAAUUCCAUUUUUAGCACUACAGUGACCGUAUUACACGUUUGUAGUCCUGUCUAUAUAGUGUCCUUUUAGGUCCAUAUCCUCCACACACUAUACUGAGCCUUUAACCCCUUAAGAACACGUGACAUGUCAUGAUUCCAUUUUAUUCCAGAAGUUUGGUCCUUAAGGGGUUAAAGGGUCAAUAACUUGACUUGAGUGUCUUCCAAAUCAAACCGUGUACCGUACACACUUAAAAGGAUGAGGCUGGCCCGUUAUUGCAUUUGGUCAAGAUCCAAAUAUUAUUCAGACCCUAGCCAACUGCCUAAAAAUAAAAUUUAUUUUAUAUCAUUUGUUUUUUCUUAAAUUCUUUCAUUAAAGGCGUCCCAGAGGUAAUUUUUUUCCAUUUGAAGAAUUGUUUGUAACGCUGUGUUUCAUAAUGUGAAUCCUUAAUGAAGUUGUAAUGCCUGCAUACUAGACGUUCUGGAAGUGCAACUUCAAGCUUUGCCUCUACAUACGAGAGCCGGGAAACCAGCAUUUGUCGAUGGUUCUCGAUGGCAGAAUCUUCAGCACGCCGCGCAUGCUCCGAAUAUCCCCAACUAGAAGACUCUGCACUAUAAAAAAAACUUUUGCAAUUCGUUUACGUUAUUUUGUUUAGUUAUUUUUUUUUAUUUUUUUAGUCAUAUUAAAUAUUUGGGAGGCCAUACACUUAACAGCCACAUCAGGACUGGAACAUUCAAUGUAUUCCUAGUCCAAUCCACAAUCUUUAGAGAACAAUUGCCAAUCAGUCCAGCUAGCAUUAAAGUUCUGGUCCGUUACCAAAAAUACACCGGUGAGGAUAACUUUAAUGCUGGGCCACUUUCUGCUUAAAAAUCCAGAAAUCAUGAAUGGAAUUUAAUUCAAAGUUAUGAUUUUUUUUUUUUUUACGCGAAAAAAAUCUGUUUUUUCUGAAUGUGUACCGUGUGUGUGUGUGUAUAUAUGUAUAUGUGUGUGUGUAUAUGUGUAUAUAUAUGUGUAUAUAUAUGUAUGUAUGUAUAUGUGUGUAUAUGUAUGUAUAUAUGUGUGUGUGUAUAUAUAUAUAUAUAUAUAUAUAUAUAUAUAUAUAUAUAUAUAUAUAUAUAUAUAUAUAUAUAUAUAUAUAUAUAUAUAUAAAUUUUUAAACCUAUCCCUUUAAGAUGAAAUGAGGACUUUACAACAACAGCAUUGUACCAUUUGUACAUUUCUCUUAUCCGCUCACUCCCUUUCUGUCUCUGUAUCACUUGUUGAUUCCUUCCAUCUCCCACGCUCUCGUUACACGUGCACCAAUGUCGCUUCGCUUCUUUCACUGCUUGGGGCCUACUGGGGACUGUACAAGAGAGUUCUGUUUCUUUAAGACCUCCACCUUGUGACACUGGCACUUGGCUCUUAUCUCUCUCCAGCAUAUGAUUUAUCACCCAAGAGUUUUCCAUCUGCUCCGUUAGGAGAUGUCAUCCAAGAAAAACAAGGUAAGAAAUUAUGUUUGUUUUUGAUUGUGGCUUAGCAUUUUUGCCGUCUCACGAGAGGUGUGAACUGGCCAGCUAAUGGUAAUUAAUAAGUAAAAAAAAAUUCUCAUUUGUUGCUUAGAUCCAGUCCUGCAAAACCACGCUGUCUUCUUGUACGAUAAAAUGCUUUGUAGAGAAGCAUUGGGGGCGAGAAGUGCAUGUGUGGCGAGCACAGUCCUUGCUUAUGAUCUACAUUUUUUUUUAUUUUAGACUUUUUUAACAAGUACAAAGACACAAACAAAAUAAAACCUGGAGAAGUCAAAUAAAACCAUUUUGCAUGUAGAACAGAGGUUAAAAGUACAGAAAGUAUAAUUGGUGUAAUAGGAAGAUACAUACUUUGAUAUCUUGAUUCUUUGACCUGUGGGUCAGUCUAUAAGCCAAGGCUCAUUUGAAGGCAAACCUGGCCAUAGACUCUAAAGUUGAGGAAGAUUUGAGUCCCUUAUAAUGGAGAUGCAUGUCAGAUAUAAAAGUUUAGGUUUGAUGUAAAACCGUACUUUCUUUUUUAGGAUAAUUGGAGUAAAGUGGGUGUAUGAAUUCAUCUUUAGUGUGGUCGACCCCCAUCGUACAUGUUAUAUACGUAUAUAUUUUAAGGAAUUGUUUGUGUGCGAAGAACAGAGGAAAAUAAAAGGGUGGAGAAAAUUGAAGGGGUAUGAGGAUGAGGAUGGUUUUACGCUGGCGAUAAAUCCAUUGAAAGGGGGAGGGGAUGGCAAGAAGUCCAUAUUAACCACGGUGUUGUUGCCUCAAUCUGGAGAAGGGGUAGGCAACCUCCAGCACUCCAGAUGUUGUGGACUACAUCUUCUAUAAUGCGCAAGGGAUAAGUAGCCCACAUCUGGAGUGCCAAAGGUUGCCUACUCCUGACUUCCGGUAUGGGUAAAGGAGAAAGUAGAGUCAAUAAAAAGCUACCAGAAGUGUCUCCUUCCAACCAGGGGUCCCAGAUCUUAUGAAACUAUUUGGGUGAAUCGUGGACCCAAGAGGUCCUCCUAUCAAUGUCAAUCCUUUCCACUAUUUUCCUAGCAAUCAUUUUGUGGGGCGUGAAUUUUAGGGUUUGCCCAGAUUUUUGGCUACUGAUCUCUGAAGGCUAGUUUUGUUUUAGUUUCGUGUGAAGGGUUCAAUGGGCUUUGAUAAUAGAGGUGCCCAUUGGGAAAUGUUCACUUUAAGGAUUCUGGUUUGCAAAGCUGUGAUACUUUUCUAGAGGGUUAUGAGUUUGGGGCAGGUCCACCAGCAAUGUUUGAAGGAGCCAGUGUCUCCAGAGAAAAUCCAGCUUUGGUUGGAUGAUGUACCAGUGGAAAAGUAUUUUAUACGCUUUCUCCUGGUGGGUAACACAGAUGGGUAGUGAUUUUAAGGAGUUCCAAUUAUCCGAAAAAUCUACUUAUCAGCAUUUGUCGUUCAACUUUCUCUAUACCUGAGAGGGGAUUGCCUCUCCAGCACAGAGGAUCAUGGGAGGGAUGACCCUGUUAUGUUGUGUUGGAAACCCCUUUCAGGGGACUCUUGCAUAAACAGGCUGCGUGGCCCGGAAUAAAUGGUCUACUCCCAGCAUUAAAGUCACCAAAAAACUUUGGCUUAAUGGAGCGGUUUUGGUGUAUAAAUUACUGCUCAAUCCUCUGCCAUUUAGGAGUUAAAUCACUGUUUAUUAACCCUAGCUAUACCUCCCUUCAUGUGAGUUGCACAGCCUUCCAUAAACACUUAACCUAAUGUUUACCCUUCUUUAUUGCAACUUCUGUUUAAUCUAGAUUUUCCUAACCCCGGCUAUGUUAAAAACUUGCUCCUCCUGUAUGUGAUUAAAGUUCAAUUUAGAGAUUUGAGAUACAAUUAUUUAAGGUAAAUUACAUCUGUUUGAAAGUGAAACCAGUUUUAUUUUCAUGCAGGCUCUGUCAAUCAUAGCCAGGGGAGGUGUGGCUAGGGCUGCAUAAACAGAAACAAAGUGAUUUAACUCCUAAAUGACAGAGAAUUGAGCAGUGAAAUUGCAGGGGAAUGAUCUAUACACUAAAACGGCUUCAUUAAGCUAAAGUUGCUUAGAUGACUAUAGUGUUCCUUUAAGUCUCGGCUAAUGUGUGGGGGGGAACAACUAUACUUGCUCUUUUGCUUGCUAUAAUCUCUGGAGGAGAGCUCUAAUCACUGGGAGCUGGGUCCAGGGUGGGAAAAGGCGGCGAGACCCCAGCCAAGCUGUGGCUAGGGGCUGGAAGUGCUUAUUGUGUCUCAGCAAAUUGCUUAUGGUACUCUGACUACUAGGAAGUGCGAUAGGUCCACCACAAUAAUUAUUGCAGUUUAUUAAAAACUGCAAUAAUUAAGUUUGCAGGUUUAAGGGACUUUUGAGUACCUCUAAAGUUAAAAGGGCAGAGGUAAGAUGGUAUUCAAUUUGUCAUCCAAUGUGGGUAUUGAGGAAAUUGGCCAUGGCGGACUCCUGGAUCCAAUAUGUUGAUUGCAUACAAUUACCAAAAUUGUUUGAAUGCAGUAGACAACCAGAAAUUAUGGGAGUUGUAGUUUAGCAACAUCUGGGUGACCAUAGUGUUCACAUUCAUCUAGACUUCCCCUUCCUUCUAAUCUCUCAGAUUUUAUCACAUAAAGUAAGAGUAACCAUAAACUCAUCACUCCUCAUAGUUUGAUAAUAGACCCCAAUCAGAUACCGCUAAUGUAUUGUGUAAUACCAGAUGUUUCCUGUCUGCCAGUGACUCCAAGUGAAGAGGUCAUUCCCCCAUUAAAGCCAGAGACACCACCACUCUUCAGGCUGAUCUCUCUUCAGAAUGCCGACGGUUCCUGGAAUACCAGCUCAGAACUGGCUUCAGUUCUGGGAAUCUCAGAAGAGUUCAUGGAAACUUGCCCUCAAAAGGUAAGAGUACAAGUUACGGUUAAAAAAUCCAGAUCUGCAUGCUACAAGCUCAGUUCAUUAAUUUGAAUGAAAGGCUUUAGACAAGUACAGUUCUUACUUUCAAAAUGAAUUUGAUCUCCAAAAAGUCUAUACAUUUUGUUUUAGCAAUUUCCCAAACUCUGAAUAAUCGAGCUGUAAUAGUAUAUUAAAGGGACUGUAGGCACAAAACCUCUUCAUCUUAAUGAAACUGUUUUGGCAUGUAGAUCAUGCCAUUGCAGUCUCACUGCUCAAUUCACUGCUCAAGCCUCAUCUCUGCAUCCUCUCAUAAAUUCCCUAAAGUCACACUUCUACAGAGAAUCCCAACUGCUCACCCCUUAACUCCUCAUCACCUAUAACUUUUUUUAUGCCGUCUCUCGUCCACUGUGCUCCCUCCCCCAAACACACACCACAUCUGGUACAGGCCAAUCGUGUGAUCCCAUCACUUCCCUCUGUGUAUUAGUCCCUCAUCCCUUUAGAUUGUAAGCUGUUUGGACAAGGCCCUAUUAACCAACUAUAAACAUUUGUCAGUUUUAGUUGUUGUACAAAGCGGCAAAAUAUGUUGAAUUCUACCUCCCCAUCUCUACCAGGCUCCACCAUGAUAAUGGGCAAUGUCACAUAGGCACUCUUUGUGGGAAAAUACUGUGACUGUCUGCUUUAAUCUAACAUUUUAAAUCUCUAAGCAGCUGUACUUUGGAAACAAGAAAUUAAAGUUUGUGUCUGUCAUUUAGAGUAUUGAUGCCUCAGUCUGGGUGACUGUUCUCGCUGUGAUCUGGCUUCAUGCUUCGUCGUCUGAGCAGAGAGAUGAGUGGGAGCUCCUGGAGGGGAAGGCUCUGUCCUGGGUCAAAUCCAAAGCAGGUAAAGAUUAGGAACAGGAGAAAGGUGCGCAUAAAAGAUAUAGAUAUCUUUUAUGCGCAUAUAUAUAUAUAUAUAUAUUAAUUACACACACACACACACACACACACACACACACACACGGGUUUGGGAAUUUUUAAUGGGGAACUGUACUUCAAUGAGGUUUAAAAGCUAAUUGUAGUGUCUGGAAAAAGGAUACCAGGAUAUUUCAUUCAGUGUUAAACCAUUUUUAAUGUUUUAAUGAGAACGAAAGUCUCCAGUAGUCCGUCCUUCUCUGUGCUGCUUGGAUAUCUGUAAAGGAUAUAUUCACAUAAGCCGUAAUGGGCGGUUGGAAUUGGCUAUGUGUCACUGAUCACGUUUAGCCUAUCACAGUGCCUAUUGCUGGUAUAAAUUCGUUUGACUAAAAUAAUUGUGUAAUCUCUACCUUAGCCACACCUCUGGGAUGGCAGUCUGAGUGGCCAGGGACCUUUUUAUAUAGUGUUUAAACUGCAAAAAAAUGGUUUGUUACUGAAUGGAGUGACGGUCAGGGUAUUCCAGGUACUAUAAUCACUUCAAUGAGAUGAAAUGGUUAAAAACCUCUAAUUUAUGUGGAGUGUGUGCCAGGAAACAUGUUAAUGGUGCUACAGGAUCUUCAGAGGUGUUAGAUCUGUCAUUGGUCUGAUCAUAGGUGUAAAAGUGAAAUUUGUGUGGAUGGAACCCCUGAAUGACCAUGAGUUAUAAUGAGCUGAUGUCUCGCUCCCUGAGGAUGGCAUUACACCAAAAGUUGGAGAUAACCGUCUCUAACCGAUUUGCAGAAUCUGACAUUGCAUGUUUGAUUCUAUAUGCAUUCUAUGUAUUGUAUUGAGAAUGUGUAAAUAGUCUACUUACUAAUGUUAGGAUCUCCCUGCCAUGCUUAAAAUGGCCAGCAGGUGGUGAUCACAGACCACUCUACAGUUUUAACUAGGAACCUUAUCUGCUGAUAGCCAUACUGAUAUUGGCAGAGGGUUUGCUUAGUUAACUAGGUGUAUUGGAUUAGUUAUAUCCUAGACAUAUGAGGCAUGUAACAAUCAUAACUCAUACAGGAAUUUGUUUUGUUGUUUAGUUUUAAUUGUACUAGAUGUGAAAAUGUGGGGAAGGUGGUGGCAAGUGCCCUCCCUGCGCACAAACUGAGAAAUUCCUUUAGAAUGCUGGAGGGAGGUUCAUUUAAUGUUGUAUAGGAUAUUAAAAGGAAGCCCUUUCUAUUUUAAUUAGUACAUCAAUACAUAUAGUUUGUAGUGUGGUGGUGUUUGUGUUUUUUUUUGGGGAGGUUGGUGGGUUUUUUUUGGGGGGGGUUUGACCGUUCACACUUAAAUUUCCUUAGCCAAGUAAGCUAUAUUUUUGGUUCCACCUUCUUGGCCUAACAUUCAAAAUUAAUUUUUAAUUCCCAACUGUUUACAAUUUAUUGAACAUCCAGCCUUGUUUGUUUAAAUUGUAACAGGUUCUUCUUUGGGCGAACUGGUGAAAGCUGGGAAUGAGUUGCUGAAGUCUUCAGUAGAGCCGAAGGUUUUUGGACUGUGAGCAUCGUCCGUAGCAACUAGCUCCUCCUCCAGUAUAGAAAGAGGCUGGAAUUGUGCAGAAGUUCGGAAUGUUCUUAAUAAAGUUCAAAGUUUCUACCAUACAACUCCUCCUUAUGUUAGCAGAACAAUAAAAAAAAAAAAGUGAUUGUGUCUGUGUCCUGAG